GAUCAGUCCAAAAGCUCCUCCUCCCACACUGUCAUGCGCAUGAUAAGGGUAUUCGCUCGCACUCUUCCAGGCUGCGUCAUUUCAGACAAACAGCGAACAUGGCGGGUCUAGUUGCAAAGAAGUGUAUCACCCCGCUUGUUGUGAUUAGAAGGAUCACUUCCCCGGAAUAUACGGUCCAAGCCGCCUACCACAAGAAGGUAGUGGACCACUAUGAGAACCCAAGGAAUGUUGGAUCCCUGGACAAGACCUCCAAGAAUGUGGGGACAGGCUUGGUGGGAGCCCCAGCUUGUGGAGAUGUGAUGAAGCUUCAGAUUGAGGUGGACGAUCAGGGGAAGAUUGUGGAUGCCAGGUUCAAGACGUUUGGCUGCGGCUCAGCCAUUGCCUCCAGCUCCCUGGUAACAGAGUGGGUGAAGGGUAAAUCUAUUAACGAAGCACUGACAAUAAAGAACACUGACAUUGCCAAAGAGCUCAGUCUUCCACCUGUCAAACUUCACUGCUCCAUGCUGGCAGAGGAUGCCAUCAGAGCUGCUCUGAAUGACUACCGUCUCAAACAGCAGGAUGGCAAGAUUGAGGCUGUUAAAGCCAGCAACUAAGGGAGGACUCUCUCUCGUAGUCCUGGACACCCUUGUCCUGCACCCUACUGCCAAGGAGACACUCAAAUGUAGUCCUGGCUCCCCAUUCCUCCAUCCUUCUAUAUAUGGGGCAUCCUAAAUGAGCCCAGGUUAUGUCCACCCAUACAACGUACAUAGACAACACAGUAUACACACCAGGCCCCUGUGGCAUUCUGUGGUUUCCCAGUCUAUUCUGUAGCCUGUCACGUUAACGCACAAUUUAAGGGCACUGAUUGGAUGAUUGGUACAAAGUAAGCCUUAUUUUCAGGAGUGAGAAAUGCAAAGUGAGCCGAGACAAGUUUGCUUUGUCUUUAUUCACUUUAUUUUGUCAAUAUUUUGUCAUGGUUUGGGGGUAUUUUCCAUUGGGAAAUUAUUAUGGAUGCUGUGGUGAAGUAUUGAAUAAGAUUUCUAAAGGUGUCCCAUCAACACCCAUGUAGCACAAAUGUUUUGAAGGCAAUGAGGAAAUGCAGUGCAGGAGAUAUAAAAUGACAGCAAACUGUUAAGGUAUCUAUUUGGAUUAUUUUGUCACAUUUCAUACUUCCUGGUUGUAAUAUGCAAAUUAAUAAAGUAAGGCGUGUACGUAGUAUGUUAUGUCUUUUUUUUUUUUGUCAUGCAAGGUCUAUAAUCCGGUUAAGGUAUUGUCUUGUAUUUCUCAGCAGUGUGCAGACAACCAGAAAUUAGAGCAAUGCUUGUAUUCUCCACUAGAUGGCAGCGUUGGCAUACUUUAUCCGGAGCCAUGUAAAGACAUUUGACUUCAUCCAUAAAUGCAGAUCAUGGUUCUGCUUUUAUCAAAUACCAAACACGACACAUUUUAGAUUCUCUUUACUGUCUUCACAAUUUCUACCAUAUUCAACCAAAGAACACUGAAAAUAAAGAAAGCAGCACCUCUACAACCA